GCAGAGCCGGGGGCGGCAGCGCUGCCCGACGGCGGAACCGGCUUCGCUCGUGGCCGCUCCGCACGGACAGGUAACGGGGGGGGGCGGCGGGGCUGGGAGCCGCUGCCCGGGACGGGGCGGGGCGGCCGUCGGGGUCGGGGCCGUCGGGGCCGCGUUGCUGCGGAUGGAGCGGAUGGAGCCUCCGAGCUGCCCCCCCGCCCACGAGUGCCAUCCCUCAGCCCGACCGCCCCGUCCCUCCCCGUGCUCUCUCCGUCUCGGGGAUGCAGCUCUGACCGGUGUUGGAGGGGGGAAAUGCAGCGGGUCCAUGCGAUGUCCGGACAUUCCCUCGGCUCCAUCUCUGACGGCGGCACAGCCAUGGGCAAGCACAGCAGCAAACUGGCCCCGGAGGUGCUGGAAGACCUGGUGAGGAGCACGGAGUUCAGUGAGCAGGAGCUGAAGCAGUGGUACAAGGGCUUCCUCAAGGACUGCCCCACCGGCAUCCUCAACCUGGAGGAGUUCCAGCAGCUCUACAUCAAGUUUUUCCCCUAUGGUGACGCCUCCAAGUUUGCCCAGCACGCCUUCCGCACCUUCGACAAGAACAGCGACGGCACCAUCGACUUCCGAGAGUUCAUCUGUGCCCUGUCUGUCACCUCCAGGGGGACCUUUGAGCAGAAACUCAACUGGGCCUUUGAGAUGUACGACCUGGAUGGGGACGGGAAGAUCACACGCCUGGAGAUGCUGGAGAUCAUUGAGGCCAUCUACAGGAUGGUGGGGACUGUGAUCAUGAUGCGGAUGAACCAAGACGGGCUGACGCCCCAGCAACGCGUCGACAAGAUCUUCACAAAGAUGGACAAGGACAAGGAUGACCAGAUCUCCUUAGAGGAGUUCAAGGAGGCAGCCAAGAGUGACCCCUCCAUCAUCCUCCUGCUGCAGGGUGAUGUGCAGAAAUAGGGCCUGGGGCUCAGGGCUGGACUGGCUGCAUCCAACCUCGGCUCCCCAUGAUGGUUUCCAUCCCCAUGCCCUGCUGGUGCCCCUUGCCUGCUUGGUCCUGUGCUCUGUUCCUGCUGCCACCCCUCAGCUCUGCUCCUGGGCACUGCCAGCUCCAGGUCCCCUAAAAUAGACCUGGCAGCACCCCAUGGGGGCUGCUGGGGCUCAGAACUGGUCCUAGGUUUUGUCCUGCCCUCUCCACCCCCCUCACCCAGCUGAAGAUUUUCUGCUUCUGCUUUUGAUGGUGGGAAUAGCCAAGGGUUGGUCAGGGGACUUCAGGAAGCGCCCAAGGCCACCCUUGGAUCCCAGAAACCACCCCAUCUCCGGUGGGUGACUCCUGGAACUGCCCUUGUGCUACUGAGGGUGCCCAGAGUGUUUCUGGCCCUGCUGACUGCUGCAGUGUCUGCUGUCCCAGCCCCGGCCUCUGCCCCUUCUGCCCCAGGACAGCGAUACUGUCACUGAGUGGUAUUUAUUCAGCACAUUGUGGUGACGAUGACUGUGAUAUCUGUUAGGAGGCUGUGGAGUUACCUACUUUUUUUCCUUCUUUUUCUCUUUUUUAAUGGAAAAAUAAACUGUCCCCCAUUGGU